GAGUUCUACGUUCCGCUUUCCCUUUCCCCCCUCCCAGCUAAGCUGCGGGCGAGAGCGGGCGGGCGGGCUGGUGUGAAGGGAAAGAACGGUUUCCCUGGCAACCGUUUCCCAAGCGACUCCAGGUGGAGCGGGGACACUCUGCAUGAAGAUGGGCCUCCUCGUACCCCGGGUUGGGGACGGCAGGGCUCUGUCUCGGGAAAACCGGGGGAAUAGACGCUCAGAGAAGAGAAAAUGUGGGGUUGCCAGAUGUCUCAAGCCAGGUCUGUUAGUGAAGAAUCUGGACUCCAUAAGAAGGGCAAGAGGCCCUGGCCACAAAGACAGCUGGCAGAGAGAGAAGUCAGCCAUCAUGGAAUCACCAGAGGAGCCUGGAGCAUCCAUGGAUGAGAACUACUUUGUGAACUACACUUUCAAAGAUCGGUCACAUUCAGGCCGGGUGGCUCAGGGCAUCAUGAAACUGUGUCUGGAGGAAGAGCUCUUUGCUGAUGUCACCAUUUCGGUGGAGGGCCGAGAGUUUCAGCUCCACCGGCUGGUCCUCUCAGCUCAGAGCUGCUUCUUCCGGUCAAUGUUCACUUCCAACCUGAAGGAGGCCCACAACCGGGUGAUUGUGCUGCAGGAUGUCAGUGAGUCUGUUUUCCAGCUCCUGGUUGAUUAUAUCUACCAUGGGACUGUGAAACUUCGAGCUGAUGAACUGCAGGAAAUUUAUGAGGUGUCAGACAUGUAUCAGUUGACAUCUCUCUUUGAGGAAUGUUCUCGGUUUUUGGCCCGCACAGUGCAAGUGGGAAACUGCCUUCAGGUGAUGUGGCUGGCAGAUCGGCACAGUGAUCCUGAGCUAUACACUGCUGCCAAGCACUGUGCCAAGACCCACCUGGCCCAGCUGCAAGGCACAGAGGAAUUUCUCCACUUGUCCCAUCACCUGCUCACAGAUAUCAUUUCAGAUGGAGUUCCAUGUUCCCAGAACCCAACAGAGGCCAUAGAAGCCUGGAUCAGUUUUAACAAAGAGGAAAGAGAGGUUUUUGCAGAGUCACUCAGGACUAGCUUGAAGGAAAUUGGGGAGAAUGUGCACAUUUACCUAAUUGGGAAAGAGUCAUCUCGUACUCACUCGUUGGCUGUGUCCUUGCAUUGUGCAGAAGAUGACUCCAUCAGUGUAAGUGGCCAAAACAGCUUGUGCCACCAGAUCACUGCAGCCUGCAAGCAUGGUGGAGACCUGUAUGUGGUGGGCGGGUCCAUCCCACGGCGCAUGUGGAAGUGCAACAAUGCCACCGUUGACUGGGAGUGGUGUGCACCUUUGCCCCGAGACCGGCUUCAGCACACCCUGGUGUCUGUGCCGGGGAAGGAUGCCAUAUACUCGCUGGGUGGCAAGACACUGCAGGAUACCCUCUCCAACGCAGUUAUCUACUACCGGGUAGGUGAUAACGUCUGGACGGAGACGACCCAGCUAGAGGUGGCUGUGUCAGGGGCAGCUGGUGCCAACCUCAAUGGGAUCAUCUACUUACUAGGCGGGGAGGAGAAUGACCUGGACUUCUUCACCAAACCGUCCCGACUCAUCCAGUGCUUUGACACAGAGACAGACAAAUGCCAUGUGAAGCCCUACGUGCUGCCCUUCGCAGGCCGCAUGCACGCAGCCGUGCAUAAGGAUCUGGUGUUCAUCGUGGCCGAAGGGGACUCCCUGGUGUGCUACAAUCCCCUGCUAGACAGCUUCACCCGGCUCUGCCUUCCUGAGGCCUGGAGCUCUGCCCCAUCCCUCUGGAAGAUCGCCAGCUGUAAUGGGAGCAUCUAUGUCUUUCGGGACCGGUAUAAAAAGGGGGAUGCCAACACCUAUAAGCUUGAUCCUGCCACUUCAGCUGUCACUGUCACCAAAGGCAUUAAGGUGUUGCUUACUAAUUUGCAGUUUGUGUUGGCCUAA